AGGUCAAUGUUUGCGGAAUCGUUGUACUGCUGCAGGUUCUCUUGUACUACGCGAAUUCUAAGUGUAUCAGGAAACAAAUAUUGGUUUUCCACAGACGGAAUUUGACACAUUUGCAUUGUGCUCCGGGAGCUGUCACUUUCAGAACAAACAGGUCGCAUUUCGCUGCGUAACAGUCAGACGGCCGGGAAUAUAAAGGGCAAAUGGGAGAGGGGACUUAAGGAUAAAGAGGGAAACAAUUCAGGCCGGAUCAAUGGGCGCUUUGACCGAAAGCUGUUCUUCGCUGUGACCCGCACAUGAUCGGCCAUGCUUGCUGCACAAAUUGAACUCUUGGAUGUUUCCAUGGCUACAGAAAAGCCAAUGAGCUGUCUGCAGCACUAUUGAAAGGACCAGCCAUUUUGCUUAUGGGAGCGCAGAAUGGCAUUAUGCCGUGCUACAUACUGGAAUAAAACAAACCGUUCGCUUGCAAGAGAAGAAAAGGAGCAUUUUUGCGUGGGAUUACAGCGGUGAAGAUAUGUCUUUGGACUUAAUGACUGCGAUUGGCAUUAGAAACGGUAAUGUCCUGCUGUAGAUCUCCUAUCGGCAGACUUGUCAAGAGUGGGGGGCUUUGCAGCAAUGUUACCUCUUCAGAUUAGGAGCUCGCCGUAAAAGACAGCAAGUCACCCAAAGAGUAGGGUGUCAGCCGGCACUGGUAUCAUUCCUUCUAGACAAUCUUAACUGAAAGGUGUUUUAACAGCACGGUGAGCACCUGAACAGUACGCCAUUGGUUCACUGAGCACCCCUCACAGUGCGUGCUCUCACUCCGGUGGGCAUCUCCAGAGGUGGGCGCUCCUGUGUUUCUGGACACCUACAUUACCGCGUUGUUUUACCUGAGGGCAUCGGCGGCCUCGUGCCAGAAUUUGAACUCAGAACUGGAUAUAAACACUGAAAAUAAUCAUCUGGACAUUUGAACAAAGAAACUGAAGCACAAGAGCUGAAUGUGAAGUCUAAACGGAUACACCUUUAGACUUUUACCUAGGGUAAUCCUUCAAAGAGGCAAACACAAUCUUCAUUAUGAAUACAGAUAGCGGUGGAUGUGCCCGCAAACGUGCUGCCUUGUCUGUCACAUUAACAGCAAUGAAGAGAAUCCAGAGUUCGCCAAAUCUGUAUAUGGCCGCAGGUAAUGACUCACAUUCAUCAGAUUCAGAGGUCUGGAGGUCUUAUAGUGCUACAGAAGGGCUACGAAAUGGAGACGCCAGCAGUUCCUCUUUGGCAGCAAAAGGAUUCAGGAGUGUCAGGCCAAAUCUUCAAGAUAAAAAGUCUCCAACCCAAAUCCCCUCUCCCCCUCCCAGAAAAGACAGCUUUCACUUGCCCCCGCUUCACAACAAUCCAAAUAAAGACACUAAGUCUUCUGGUUGUUUCUUGCAUGAGUCUGUUCACAAGGAGGACACAUCUGCUUUAACUAACACAAGGUUACUGCAAGAGGAAAUGUAUUCCAGCAGUACCACUGCAUCAUUUACAUAUAGAGAGAAGACCUCCGUUAAACUGGAGUCAGAGUGCACUGCUCUUGCUGACACCGGAGAUAAAGGUUCACCUCAAGAACGUAAAGUUUCCUCACUUAAAUUAACCCUGCAGGAGGGCCAGAAUACAACUAACAUUCCCAGCUCAAGGCAGCACCCCACACCUGCUUCUGAUAUGAAGUCUAAGUUGCUGGCCAGCCUGUCACCUGAGUUUGCCGCUAGACAGCUUGAGAGACACAAAGCUUCUAUCUCUGUUCAGAUAGAACCAGCCAAGGUCCUCCAUACGGAGUGUGGACAUGAGGUUAUUCAGGGACGAUCCUCAGCUCCUUCAGCAGAAACCAAAAAGAUGUCCUCGGUGGAGAACAGACAAGCAGCUUCAGCAGAUGGCCAUUCGCUUGAAAGCAGGAAAUUUCCAUCAACAGAUUCCCUGAUUCGCAGUCUAACCUCACCAGAAGCCAUCAUGCCUUCUCCUCUGGUACCUGUUAACAGAUCCUGUUUCUCACCUGAUACAUACACAAACACUGAUUCAAAUAGAUUGGCAGCUUUAGACUUUGCUCAGGCACAUCUCCAGGAGAGUUUUUCCCCUCUCCCUUGUGCUUGUGAGUUCUACACUCUAACUCCUGAAUUCCCUCUCCAAACGAGUGAAACAGCUUCCAUGGCCACUGAUUCAAGUUUUAGUGAAUGCCGUUCUCGCACACUCAGCGAGUCUUCCACUGCCAUUCUAGAUGAGCUUCAGAUCGGUAGUUCUGACAGCACGGCAAGCUCUGAAACACCUUCCCCAACUUUGAGUCAGACGUCCGCCAUAAGUGAUGACACCUUAACAACCACUGGCAGAGUAACUAAUGGCCAGAUGCCAGUGAAUGGGAGCACAGGGAAUGCCGGCAGCCCUCUGAGUCAUUUACAAAGACCAUUCUCCCCAUCCACAUCUUUCCCUCCGCCACCUUCCCUCAGCCCGAACACUGUUGUCAUGCAGCACAGCAGAAGCAUGGAAUCAUCACAGACUGUUGCACAGGAGUCAUAUUCUCAUGGCUCUGCUGCCGUGAGUCCCGUGCCCAUCUCCAGGACAUCUCAUGAGGAGAAGAGAGUAUCAAUUAUUAAAGCUCCCCAUUACACAGGAAUCGGCCCGGUAGAUGAAUCUGGCAUUCCAAUAGCUAUUAGGACGACAGUGGACCGACCAAAAGACUGGUACAAGACCAUGUUCAAGCAGAUCCAUAUGGUGCAUAAACCAGAUGAUACAGAUGCAGACAUGUAUAAUGCCACAUAUGCACUUGUAAACACAGAUUCUUAUAAUCCAUCUGAUCCUGUACAGGCACAUCCAGCACCCAAGACUCACACAUACCGACCAUUAUCAAAAUGUACCUCAGAUAAUGGUCCUUCUUCAUUUAAGGAUUCUUCACCUGUGCCUCCACCACCUCCGCCCAUGCCAUCCCUCUUACAACUAAGACCUCGGGAGAAAGCAACGUCUGAACCGAAUGAAUGGGGACCUCCAGACAGAAAAGUAGAUACUCGAAAAUAUAGAGCUGAACCACGAAGCAUCUUUGAAUAUGAACCAGGAAAAUCAUCCAUCUUAGAACACGAGAGGCCGAUGUAUGGCAUAAACCCAGAUGAAAUAGAUUUAGAAAAUGAACCCUGGUAUAAGUUCUUUUCUGAGCUGGAAUUUGGACGUCCGCCUCCUAAAAAACGUUUGGACUAUAUGCCGGAAAGUUCUUCAAGUGUCUCUGCUGAGAUUUCCUUUUAUCAUCCUUCAUCAGAGAGAACUCUAGACAGACCAUCUAGCUCGGCAAGCGACUACAGAAAAAGGCGGAAGUCUGAGCCUGCUGUAAGUCAUCAGAAAGCAAACAGUGAUCAAAAUGCAAAUCUGACUUCUCCAAGGACUCCCGACAUUCCCGGGAUUAAUAACACUCUGAGAAAACCAUUAACUAGUUCCUCUCCUUCAUCUCCCUCUAGAGCGAAAGGUGGGGAUAUUGCCACAAUGUAUUCCCCAGUGUUAAGCUGCUCAGGUUCAAGCCAACAGUUAGAUUUGCCUCACUGUUAUAACCCACCAUACCCAAUUAUAGCUGUUGGAUCAACAAGAGCAAUCAGUUUUAAAAAUGGCUGGCAAAAUAACCGUCAGAAUGCAGAAAUGUGGAGUAGUGCAGAUGAAGCUGUGUCUCCAAAGCUGAAAUCUCGUAGUUGCGAUGAUCUACUUACAGAUGAACCAGAAAGUCUCACUGACACGCAGCUGAGAUCGGAAAGUGUUGGGUCACUAAUGUGUGAGGAGGAGCCUAAAGACAGAUACUUUAGGAGCUGCAGUGAGCCACCUGAACCUCGCAGAACCAGAAUACGGCACCGCUCAGCACAUGAUGUGCCUGGCUUCCUAAAAUUAUACAGGAAGAUGCAUCAUAUCAACCGCAAAGAUUUGUUAAGCUCUGAGGUUAUUUGUUCUGUGAAAUCGAGAAUAUUACAGUAUGAGCAAGAACAGCACAAAGAUCACCUUUUAGGUUGCAAAGAAUUAAAUGACGAGGUCCCAAGAGACAUGGUUCCAACAAGAAUUUCAGAAUUUGAAAGAAUGAUUCAAAAAUCCAAGUCUAUGCCUAAUCUUGGUGACGAAAUGUUGUCUGAGGAUACGAUGGAUUCCUCUAGAAAGGGAUCAUGCCCUAAGAGACGAUUUUCUAUUGAAUCUUUGCUUGAUGAAGAUAAUCAACCUAGAUUACCCCCUGAGGGGAAAACAACGCACUUUAAAGUUAAAACUCUUGUGCCAAUUCACAUUGAAGUCACCAAUGAGCAUCAACAGCGAACUGCCUCCCAGUUUGAUUACUCAGACAGCGACCAUGAUGGAGUUGUGUCUGACCUCAGUGACUUUAUUCAGAUUGAGGGCUCUUCGUUUUGCAGUGAAAGUGACUUUGACCAUUUCUCCUUUACUUCCUCAGAAAGUUUUUAUGGUUCCGGCCAUCAUCAUCACCACAAGCACUUGGCCAGCUCCUGUAAAGGGAGAUGUCCAGCUUCCUACACUCGAUUCACCACUAUGCUUAAACAUGAAAGGGCUAAACAGGAUAGAAAACAGCAGGUCAAGAAAGAGGAAGCAGAGUCUGGUCUUUCAAAGUUAGCAUUUCUUGUCAGUCCAGUGCCUUUCAGAAGGAAAAAAUGUAUGCCCCCUCGAAAACAAACUGAAAAACCAAAAUCAAAGGCCUCUAUGUAUGAAGCUUUGGAUUCUGCUUUAAAGGAUAUUUACGAACACAUCAAAGCUGAAAAGAGAAGAGGGAGCCUGCCAGAUAACAGUAUCUUACACAGACUCAUCGCAGAGCUGCUUCCAGAUAUACCUGAAAGAAACUCUUCCCUGAAGGCCUUAAGAAAAAGCCCUGUGAACCAGCCUUAUUAUCUGCAGGCACAAGAUGGUGUUGUAAAUUACAGUUCAUACCAGGAUGAUUAUGGAAGGUUACCCUUCAGUGCCUGUUACCAAGAAAUGGACACAAACAACAAUGACGGAAAUGAUAAUGCACUGUGUUAUCAAGAUCAGGAGUCUCCUAAAGAAUUUUCUUUUACGGGCGAAAAUCGAUACUCACCUAGAAACCGAAGAGGACCCUUUGAUAGAGAGAAACAGCAAGCAAGGGCUGUAUAUGAUUUUAAGGCACAGACAGCAAAGGAACUGACUUUUAAAAAAGGCGACACAGUCUACAUCCUCAGGCAAAUAGAUCAAAACUGGUAUGAAGGAGAGCACCAUGGCCGAGUUGGGAUUUUCCCAAUUUCUUAUGUUGAGAAGGUUCCAUCCACAGAAAAACCACAGCCUGCCCGUCCACCUCCACCUGUGCAGACCCGAGAGAUAGGAGAAGCUAUAGCCAAAUACAACUUCACAGCAGAUACUAAUGUAGAGUUGUCAUUGAAAAAGGGGGAGAGAGUGAUACUCCUGAGACAAGUGGAUCAGAACUGGUUUGAAGGAAAGACUCCAGGUUCAAGUAAACAAGGAAUUUUCCCAGUGUCUUACGUGGAUAUCAUCAAGAGGUCUCCGAGUAAGAGUCAAGGAGACUACCCAGAUCCUCCAAUACCUCACAGCUUUUCCAGUGAUAGAAUACAUUCUUUAGGUUCUACAAAGCAUUCUUCCCUCCCAAGAUUCAGUGCUCCCUCCCCAGUUCUCAGGCAUCGCUCUUCACCUUCCUUUAAUCCACAAAAAGCUCACCUCCAGGCAAUCACCAGUGAAUGGAUAUCCCUAACUGUUGGGCAGUCUCCAUCCAGUACACCUGCUCCCACCCCACCUCCAUUUCCUGACAGUCUGCUCAUAGGGGAACUAGAAGAGCAUGACUCUUUAGCUUCUGAAGUUCUAAGCCCACCAUUGUACUCCUCAUCGAGAACCAUCACAUCUCGAAUUAAAGAAGGACACUUCAUUCCAAUUACAUCCCCAAAGGCCUUCUUACCUGAAAGCCACCAUUCACCACAGCACUCUCUUGCCUCCCUUUCGCUGCUUCCUUCUCCCAGUUCUCCCACACUCCACUAUGGCCAAAUGUAUGGUGACAAUGCAGAUGCAGAUAACGGCAAAAUAACAGACUUAGAUGGUAACUUAUCGAGAAAUUCAGGUAUAACUGCCUUGAAUGAUAAAGAAAAACCUUAUAAGAAACAAGACGUGGAUAAAUUAUCGUUAAAAAAGUCUUCUGAGUAUGAUGUCUCUAUAAAAACACCUGCAAGUAAAGAAGAUCAGGAGGAAGAACUUUGUGAAGAGCUGCUGUCAAUAAUCCAGGGGAACCUGCUGAAAGGAGAAGUUCACAGAGGUGAAUCUUUUUCUAGACGUUCACCAGUUAUGUUUGAUGAGCUUCCCAAACUCUACAUAGAGGAAGAUCCUGGAGAACUUGAAAAGCUAGGACAAAAAAUCAGUUUCUCUACUGCUGGUACAAAAAUUGAGCAAGCAGAGCAGGCCACAGUUUCUGCAGAUGUUUCUCUGCCUCUUCCCUCUUCUUCCCCAAAUGCACCUUCUGUUACUUCAUUAUCAGAGUACUCCUCCUCAAAGCAAUCUCUGGCAACUCAUGCUGCACCUUGUCCAUCAGCUGUCACACACUCUCCCCCUCUCUCCUCCAAAUUCUCACCCCGGCAGGAGUCUAGGUCUCCAAAACUAAAGCCGGCUUUAAAACAUGACAUUGUGGUGGUUGGAAAACCACCGCGUAGCCCUGUGAUGUCUAGGAGAUCCUGCACUUCACCCGUUAGAGGUCAAAGCUUUUCACCACCUCAUAGGCCACAACGACCUCCUUUGAUUCAAGAAGCAUUACAGGGUGUUGGAGAUCCGUAUCAGGCUUUAUACAAUUAUACACCUAGAAAUGAAGAUGAGCUGGAACUCAAAGAAGGUGAUAUUGUUGAAGUCAUGGAAAAAUGUGAUGAUGGGUGGUUUGUUGGAACAUCUAGAAGAAGCAAGUUCUUUGGCACCUUCCCUGGAAAUUAUGUCAAACGAUUAUAAUAUUACUGAGUUGUAUCGGUAGUAUUAAUUUUGUUCAGCACAACAGUAACAGAGAAUAUGAAGAACGAUAGAAGACAACAGUACACGAUAGAGAGGUUUUUGCGUGUGGGUGUGUGUAUAACUUACACUAAAGAUAACCUAUAGCUAUAACUAGCCAUCUUAAUAUUUUCAAAAUUUUUGAGUGUGUGCUUUCUAUCCACACAUCUACAUAACCAUAAAGAAGUACAGUACAUUGAUGUUAGGAAAAAAUGUUCUUUUAGUGGGCAAAAAACAGAUUUGUCUGUGAGAACUGUAUGUUUUAAAAUGUUAUUCAUCACUUUAUUUAUUAGCACUGAUGUUUGUUGAGAAAAGAAUGAUGUAGAUGAAAAAAGUAUGCCAUUUUUGUUACAGGAUGUUUAUGUAUAUUCUUAUUUGAUAAUGAUCAAGGAGUCCACAGCAAGGUCUGGCAAACACACUUGCUGAUAGAGCUGCACAUUAGCCAUUAUUGUAUUUGCCUUAAUGGUUACUACAGGGUACAUUAUUACCUAGAGUGGCAAAUAAGAGCAGGUACACAUUUCAUGUACAGUAUGUAAAGAAAAUGAUUAUGUGCCAGACUGACAACCUGUGACAGAACAGAAAGAAAGUCGCCCAGUAUGCAGUGUUAAUGUUGAGAGACGCUAGAUUGUUCAUUGAAUCUUGUAAGUGUGUUCCCAUGUCACUCAUAAGCAGAGUAUGCAGUAUAUGGAAUAGCAGACAGUUUUCAUAAAUGUGUCCUCAUCACCAAUAUAUAUGGUGUAACAUAUUUCCCCUUUUACAUGUUUAUAAUCCAGUUUCAUAUCCUAAUGAUGUGAUCUAAGCCAGUUUUAAUAAUAAGGACAUCAAUUAUUGAUUUCAGCAGUAUUCAGUUUCAGGUAGAAUUAGUAUUUCAUUAUGCAUAAUUAUGCACUUUCAGCCAUGUAUAAAAAUAUGCCUGGCAGGAGGUAUAAACCUAAAAGUAUAUCCAUUAAUGCUUCCUGUUUUUCUGUUUCAGAAAUUCCUGCGUUAUUAAGUAUCUUGCAGCCAUAAAAUUAAUUUCCAUCCAUUUUUACCUGUUAUAAAUUCUCUUAGUUCCCAAUGUAAUCUCAGUGUGUCAAAAGAUGCUAUUGCCCUGUUGUGGGCAGAAUCUCAAAUGGUGUUGCUUCCACAUUAGCUUUGAAAGGUAAAACAAAGAGAUACUCAUAUACAGACAGAGUGUUAAACCUCCAUGUGGGACCCACCUGCUGGAUCCAUAGAAUAUCUGAUGUGCAACAUCUCACCAAAAUUGCUGCUUUUAAUUUUAAUGUCCAUCAUGACUUUUCAUAACGGAAUCAAAUCAGCAUGUUCUGAAAGGUUGACAGGGAUGCAAAAGCACUAUAAUAUACACAGAUCAUAUUGGAUUGUGAAUUUGAAACAACAGUUUUUAUAUUUGUAUUGAUGAAAUGCAAAGCUACACUUUCAAACCCUUGUCAUUUCCCAUUAUAAUCAGAUGUAGAAAUACGGAUUUUUACAGUAUCAAUCCUGUUGCACCUGAUUUUUUCCGUUCCUUCAGCUUGUCAUUCACAAAAUAAUUUUUUGCAAAUUGUUUUCAGUUGUGCAAGUACAACUGGUUGGCUCCACUGUCCACUCCUAGAAUUAGAAGGUUUUUCAAAACAGAGUGUUUAAUAUGUACGUUUCCGAAUGUACCCACCAUAGAUUUGCUCAGUCAGUGUCCCCAAAGGCCACAGUAGGUAUAGGCUGUUGCUCCAGUUUCUUAGUAAAAAGCAAACUCUUGUUAUUAACAAAAUUUUGACAGUUCCCAUUCCUUUUUCUAAUCUGUUGUUUUAGAAAUUCCUACUUGUGUACUUUAUAAUUCCGCGGAGAAAAAUAAUAUAUAUUUUAUAGCCUGCAGAGGAUUAGAACCCCUGAGACCCUCGCAUUUUUUGGUUGUAUUUUUUCUAAAUAUUCUGCUAAGCAAGCUACUUAUUCAUAAAAUGUACUUUGGGGAAAUUUUAGUGUGUUUUCUAUCUAGCAGUUUACUACCUUGGUUUUGCUGCAUUUAAAAUUAAUAAGUAAAUAAACUGAAAUAAAGGAGAACAAGUAGCUAACUCAUGUAAUACACAAAGUCAUGGCAGCAGUAACUGUCUUUCUGAAUUGUAAAGAAAGGGAAAGCCGAAUCAUUUUUCAUUUCAAAGAUUGCAGAAAAAGCCAUCUGAUUAAACAAAGAAGUUAAAUUAACUACCAGGGCUGACCUCAAAUGAAGAAUGUGUUUGUACAUGAAGCCUGUAGCCACUGUGGCCUCCAGAACUAAGACUGGAUACCCCUGAUCAAACUUAUGAGAACAAACAGGGUCCUCUCCUAAGAGCCACGUAUAUAAAUAAAAGGAGAAGUGUUAGUUGGAGUCACUACAUUUAAAAUAAUAAUCCAGUGUUUUAGCCUGUUAAAUACUUUAAACAUUCUUUGUAAAAUAUUAGCCCCAAAAUUAAUUUUCCUAGGAAUAUUUUUUCAUUUAAUAUGAAAAAAAAUGUUAAACAUACGGGUGAAUUUCCCAGAAGUUAAAGAAAGCAUUUACUAUUUUGUUAAAAAAAAUUGUCAUUUAACAAAAGUAGAUGCUUUGGUGUUCUUUAGAUUCUGUUUUGUUUUUGCUCCCCUUUUAUGGUUUCCCUGCCACACUGUACUAUUUGUUAAUCCAGCGAUGCUUAUUCUGUGUUAGCCUCAAAGUGUGUGAUAUGGCAAUGGCACAACACCCGUUUUGUGAAGACAAGCACCAGUUAUGCACCUUUCAGUUCCACCAACUUUCAUUAGUUUUCAUGUGAUACAUGUUAUUAAUGCCUAAGCAUACUUCACACCAUGUUAGUUGCAUCAUUUUGUAUUUGUUUUUAUAUGGAAUGGUUAAGUGGUCGAGUAAAUGGUAUCCACCGCUUUAUGUAAUGUUUCUUUUUUUGUUGGUCCUUAAUGCAUUUCAUUAAUCAAUCAGAAACCCAGUUCUGUGGGACAAUUCUGAAAAUAGACAUUUAUGCAAAAAUUUUGUUAAACCUAAAUUAUAUACAAACUAGUAUUGCCAGGUAAAUGAAUAAAAAAUGGAAAAAAAAUCCUGUAUAUAGAUGUUUUUAAAUACAACUGAAAGUCAACAUAAGUAUAGAAACGUACAGAAAUAUUUUGAAGUAAACAUUUGUUACCAGAAAUUCCAGGGCCUAAAGCUUUGUAUUUGAAGAGCUUUACUUUUUGAAGUAAACUGCAUGCAGCUUUGCAGUGAGAUCAGCAGCGGUCUUUCAUGCCAUUGAUAAUAAACCUGCAGUAUUUUUGCUUGUUAAAAAGAGAAUUAAAACAAAAUAUUUUUUUCUGUAUCUCUGUUUGAGGGGGUUCUUUCUUAAGUGAACUUCAAGUAAAAAUAAGCAGACAUUGCUCAGAAUUCUUACAAAAAAAGGUGUUUUUGUGGAACUGAAAUCCUAAUAAAUUUUGCCUGAAAUAUUGA